CAAUGGCUGUUAUUGCUGGUUUAUUAGUACAAAAUGCACUCAAAUUUUUAUUAAAUUUUGGUCAAGUUACUAAUUUUCUUGGCUAUAAUGCACUUGUUGAUUUUUUCCCUCAAGAGACAAUUCGUCCCAAUCCUCUUUGUGAAGAUAAAAAUUGUAGACGUUUACAAAAAAUUUAUUUGGAAGAACAAAAAAAUAAUUAG